CAACAGUGAUUGAACGGAACUUCGUGCUCUCCAGAAAUUAUUUAAGCCUAUUUAAGUGUAUUUAUUUUGUGCUAACAUUUUGAUAAUAAAACCCGCCUGAAUGGAGACUUCUCAGAUUCGCCAGAACUACGACCGCGACUGCGAGGCUCUGAUCAACAAGAUGAUCAACUUGGAGCUUUACGCUGGAUACACCUACACCUCCAUGGCUUUCUACUUCAAACGGGAUGAUGUCGCUCUUCCUGGUUUUGCCAAGUUCUUCAAGGAGAACAGCGAGGAGGAGCGCGAGCAUGCUGAGAAGUUCAUGGAGUUCCAGAACAAGAGAGGGGGACGCAUCAUGCUUCAGGACAUCAAGAAACCUGAUCGUGAUAUGUGGGGCAAUGGACUGAUUGCUAUGCAGUGCGCUCUUCAGCUGGAGAAGAACAUCAACCAGGCUCUGCUGGAUCUGCAUAAGGUCGCCUCUGAGAAGGGAGACCCUCAUCUGUGUGACUUCCUGGAGACUCACUACCUGAAUGAGCAGGUUGAUGCCAUCAAGAAACUUGGUGACCACAUCACCAACCUUUCCAAGAUGGAUGCUGGCAACAACAGGAUGGCAGAGUACCUGUUUGACAAGCACACCCUGGAUGAAGACAGCAGCUAAAUGGAGCCCUCAGAUCAUAUUAAUACAUGAAUGAAUAGAAAUACUAUUCUCUUAAAUAUGUUCUUAUCAAACAGCUCUUUUGCAAAAUGUUGAAGUCCAACAGGUUGAAAGGUUAACAUCAAGUACAUUUUCCCAUUACUAUUAAAACAAUGCAGCGUUACUGUUUUAAAUAGCCAUCCUGUGAUUCUCAUCAAGCAAUGCUUUCCCGUUGAAUGUGCAAUUAUUGACCUGGUGAAUUUAAAUAAAAAAUUCUAA